CUGCCACAGCGCUGCGAGAGCCUGGCGGGAGGGGCCGCGGCGGCGGGUGGAGGAAGAAGAAGAAGAAGGGGCUGGGUCGGCACCCGCCCGCUCCGGACCCGCAGCGGCUCACGGGGGGGCUCCCCGAAACCGCCGUUGGUUUUCCGGAGCGGGAAGAUCUGAUUAAGACUUGGGUUUUGAAGUGUUGGAGCAACUUGCUACUGCCCAAGUCAUGACACUUCCAUUUCGAAAGGACUUGGACAAGUACAAAGAUCUUGAUGAGGAUGAAAUUCUUGGCAAGCUUUCAGAAGAAGAACUGAAACAACUGGAAACUGUUUUGGAUGAUCUUGACCCUGAGAAUGCACUUCUGCCUGCAGGCUUUCGACAGAAAGACCAGACUGCUAAAAAGGCUUCAGGUCCCUUCGACAGGGAACGACUCCUUGCAUAUUUAGAGAAGCAGGCUCUUGAGCACAAAGACAGGGAAGACUACGUGCCUUUUACAAGAGAGAAGAAAGGGAAAAUAUUUAUCCCCAAGCAAAAGCCGGUACAGUGUUACACAGAAGAAAAAUUCUCUCUUGAUCCAGAACUGGAGGAAGCCUUGACCAGUGCCACAGACACAGAGUUAGGUGACCUUGCAGCUAUACUGGGAAUGUCCAACUUGAUAACAAACAACCAGUUCUGUGAUGUAGUGGGAAGCAGUAACGGAGUUGACAAAGACAGCUUCUCAAAUAUUGUAAAAGCUGAAAAAAUGUUGCCUGUUUUUGAUGAACCGCCAAAUCCCACAAAUGUAGAGGAGACACUGCAAAGGAUUAAAGAUAAUGAUUCUCGUCUUGUUGAAGUUAAUCUGAAUAACAUUAAGAGCAUACCCAUUCCAAUGCUGAAAGAAUUUGCAAAAGCCUUAGAAACCAACACACAUGUGAAGAAUUUUAGCCUUGCAGCCACCCGAAGCAAUGAUCCUGUUGCUGUUGCUCUUGCAGAUAUGCUGAGAGUAAACACAAAAUUAAAAAGUUUAAACAUAGAAUCAAACUUCAUCACUGGAGUUGGAAUUUUGGCACUGGUCGAUGCACUGAAAGAUAAUGAAACAUUGACAGAGAUCAAAAUUGAUAAUCAGAGGCAGCAGCUUGGCACGGUUGCAGAAGUAGAAAUUGCCAAGAUGCUUGAAGAAAAUACCAUGAUCCUCAAAUUUGGAUACCAUUUCACACAACAGGGACCUCGAGCAAGGGCAGCCGCAGCUAUCACAAAAAAUAAUGAUUUGGUCUGGAGUAUGCGAGUAAAAGUUUCUGCAAAUACCUUUUCACCUCUCCAGCCUUGAAGCUACAGAGACAGUUCGCAAGAGAAGAGUUGAAGGAGACAAUUAGCUGAUCUUGUCAAAACUGUGUGGAGAUUUCAAGGGUUGUCAAGGCACACCCAUCACCGUGGGCUUUGGCAAUCUUGGACUGCAUUUACCUGGGUUAGAAGGGAAAAGACUGGAAACCCCAUUCCUUUUAAAGCAAAGCUAUAUCAAUAAUCUGCUGGUAUGCAUCACGUUUUUCAGAUUGAGACACAGUAACUGCACCAGACUCUGUACCAUAGUUUUUGAUUGGGUUUUUUUGUGUUUGUUUUUUAAGAACUUUUUUGUAUUUCAAGACUUCAGCUGUGCUUUCUACUAAAAAUAUAAUUACAAAUUAAAGGUAUAAUUGAACUCAAUGAAUGGGACAUUCAAGAUCAUUGGGCAGAUAAUGACCCAAAUGAAAUGUUUGUUAGAAAAUUGGGGGUGUGCUUAUUUACAUGGAGGGGGUGUGUAUAUUCUUGAAAACAAUGCAUUAGUGAUAAGGGAUUCUUCACACAACAGUUGGACUCAUUGUGUAGAGCUGUUCAGCCUUGUUCAUAUGCACUGAAGAGAAAUCAUUCACAGCUAUCUUAUUUGUAAUUCUACUUCUAAAAUUUUUUUAUUAGUUCUUGAUACUGUGAUUAAGUUUAAAGACAUCCCUUUAAACCAAACAGAAAUGAAUUGGCUAAGGACAUUUCCCAAAAAAUUUGAGGAACUAAGAAAAAAGUGGAAGCUUUGCAAAAAAAAAAAAAAAAAAAAAAAAAAAAAAACCAAAAAACCACCAAAACCUUGCAAAAUGACAGUUUUACUAUUUCACCUAAAUACUUAAAGUCUUUUUCAAAAGGUCACAAAACUGUAUCUUGCUCUGUAUCUAAACUGGAUAUGUUUUUAGGCUGAUUUCAUGUGUUCAUCAGCGUUAUUUAGUUCAUAUUGUUUGUUAAAAUCCGUAUCUACAUUCAUAAGUAUCAUAUUUCACUAAAGUAGUGGACACACGUUUUUUAAAUUCUGCAUAAUUCUGUACAGGAGAAGCAGCCUUAACUGUCAAACCACUAUCCUAAGUUGCUGGCAAAUGGAAAAAUCCUUUUUUUCAAGCUGUUGCAUUAAGCUAGUAGUAUUUCAUAUAAAUCUCUCAUUUUUUAAUAAAGCAAUGAAGGAACACUUUUAAAAAAGGAUUUUUCUUUUCUACUUAUGUCUUGAUGUUGAAACACUACAUAAGACAUGCAGAAAUUAACCAACAUGUAGUGUCAAAUCUGUAUGGUGUAGUAAUUAUUAAAAUAUUUAAAGUUCUCUAUCUAAGCAAACUAAUGGGCCAGCAAGAAUCACUUUAACUUUUGUACAUAAUCACAGUAGACUUCUUUGAAAUAAUAUGAGAAUCUAGAGGCUUUUUGGUGUAGAUCUGUUUGGACUGUACUGUACUAGUUUGCUCAGUGUUGUCAUGAGAUCAUAAGCUCACAAAAAUGUUCUAAAGGACUGCUUGGCUAUAUUUAUAGCAACAGAGAAUUCAACUGACAACUGUUUUCAUUAAAGGAUCAUAAUAUGGUGAGCAUUUUAUAUAUAGAAAAUGUAUUGUACUGAGUUUUUUGCAUCAGAUUGUAUAUACUAUAAAAAUUUAACAGAGCAACUCUGACACUGUGCCCAUGUUGUAAUUUGCUGCAAAUCUUGUUUUAGAUCUUUAAAGACGGACUUUAUUCCAGAUGUGACUUUGAAGUUUACUGCAACUGUACAGAGAAUUUUAAACUAUAGUGCCUUCAAUGAGGAUGUAUAUAGCUGGUUUAUGCUUGUGCAAGAACAUUUUUUUUUCCUAUUUCAAAAUCAGCCUUUUAUUAUAAUUACAAAUAAAUGUGUGCUCUGAAAAGCAAGUUGGAAUGAAUUGUGUUAAAACCAAAGACUAUACAUACUGUAACUCUGGAACAACAAGAGGUGAGCUGACUAGAAACAAAAAGGGCUUCUUUUGGAUUUGGCUUUUGUAAAUUUUCAGUAACUUUUUAGAUUUUGACAUUUAAAUUCUUACAUAGUAUGCAUAAAGUCACAAAUUAAGUGUCUUUUUACAGACAGUGCUGUAUAAACAUGGCCAAAGCAUGUCAUGUGCUGAGUUGCCUAAAGCUGUACUUCACUUUUUAUUUGCUAGGCACUGUAAUCAUUUUGUGUCAAAAAACAGGCUGUAAUGUUUUCCUUCAUUUGUUGAAGGGCUGCAUGUUCAUGGAAUCUGUUCACAUAUUGUGAUUCUGUGAUGAUUUAUUUUAUCAUUAUCUGACAAGAAUAGGCAGUUAUCUCCUAUUUGAAGAUGCAGGAGAAAAAUUACAAGUUGGAUUAUGGAAAUGAUAGCCAUCCUCUCCUUUAUUAAAUCAAGUUUAGCUGCUUAAUGAUUUAUAUUCCAAUCAAAGGCAAGGGUUUUGAAGCUGCACCUCUGAGGUGUCGUGUCACAAACGAUAGUAGUGGACCUUAACUUGUUUAGCUCUGUAGACUGCAGCUAAUUAUUUGACUGCUUAUUGGCAUUUUCAGGACAGGUAUCUGACAGGCUGGACAUAGAAAACUAGUUGGUUUUUUUUUUUUUUUUUUCAACCAGAAGAGUUUGGCCCUCCAAACUGUUAAGACAUUUGCCAUGGUGCACGGAACAGUUACAACAAUCACUUUUGUGCCUACACUGUAUAUCAUUUUUUUUGAAUAAAUGAAGGAAUUCAGUCUGUAGCCAGGAAUUGUGAACAGUCUCAACAAGCACAGUGAACACUGAUGUAAUGCUAUCAAGUGUAGUGAGAUCUUGUGUGUGACUUUGGUAAUUUUGAGUGCAAAAGUGGCAUUACUCUCCUAACCAGCUACCGUAAACACAAGGUCUCUUUUCCAAAAGAGGUGAUACUUUUCUUGAUUAUUUCUCAGGCUUACUGUAGAAGUCAAAUGACCACAUAUGUUGAUUCUGUUGGUUCCAUGGAAACAUAGCCUAUGUUCCAAAGCAAUUACCCAUUUACUGUUGUAUUUUAAAGAAAUAGCCUCAUUUGCUAUACAGCUUGAGUAAUACUGUAAGCUACAAACAAGCAAGUGUUCAAUUUAAAUUUCCAUUGAGGAAACAUGAACGGAGUGUUUUUGCAUAUCAGCACUGUAUGGUGUCAGAUUGUAAACCAGUAAAAGUUUUGGAUGAUUAAAGUACUGUAUUCUUGUGG